UCCCUCAUUCCCAGCUUCACCUACCAUUUUCCGGAUAUAUAGAGCUCUCUGUUCCCCCUUCUCUCGCUCUCUUCUCUCCAAUACCUCCCUCAUCACAAUUAAAUUAUCAGCCUCGCUACGAAUCACGACUGUUCUUACGAACUCUUCUAACAGCAAACCUCAUUUCACAUCUUAUUCGUUUCAUAGUACAAUACAACCAAAAUGUCUUCCGGUCAGGACAACACCUCUACUCUCCAAUCCUACGUGGAUAAGGCCUCAGGAUAUGCUCAGUCUGCUCUGGGCGCUGUGACUGGCAGCAACGCCGACAAGAAUGCCGGUCAAGAUAAGAAAGACAAGGCUGAGCUCGAAAACGACCUUUCGCACACCACCGCCAAGGCCGGCCCAUACACCGUCUCUGCCUCUGGUGGUGUCGCCAAGGACGACCCUAACCGUGCUGCGGGCAGCUGGAACCAGACCAUCGGCUCGGGCAAGGAAAUGGUCGGCAACUUCGUUGGUGCUGAGGGUCUGCGCAAGGAGGGUAUUGAGCAGAACCGUCAGGGCAAGGGCCAGGAGGCUCAGGGUCAACUGAGCGACCUUGGCAGCGGCUUUGUUGAUCGUGCUCAGGGAGCCAUUGGUGGCGCCGCUGCCGGUUUUACUGGAAACAAGGCCGAAGAGGAAAAGCGUCAAGCCCAGCACGAUGCGGGCAAGGCUCAGCAGCGUGGCGCCGAGGCCGAUAUUCAGAAGCAGGCAUAAAUUAUGGCUAAACCCGUUGAGAUUUUGUUUAAAAUGUCGGGUUUUUGCUCCCAGCGGCUAUGAUUGCAUUGAAUGGCUUAGACCUAUGGCGUCAUUGGUAAUUCGGGGAAAUACCCUUGUAUGAUAGCAGAAGAUUCAAGCUAGUCGUGGACAAGCACUUUACUUGCUCACGAGUAACGAAUAUUCAUUGAUUGGGAUUGAUUUUACCUUGUUGCGAGAACCCUAAAAUAAACGGAAAGUAGUAGUCUUUAAAGAUGAUGCAGUAGAGGG